GCAAUGUUCUAAUGGCUCCCUCAGUCAAAUAAAUAAAGAAAGAAAGUCACAACUGAAAAGGACUGCUAGCGCCCCUGCCCUUUCCCAGUUCCCUCUCCGGCUCUCUCUACCCCUUUCCCGGCCCUCUACUCUUCCUCAGCCAUUCAUCGUAUCAUUCAAACCUUCUCUAUCUUUCUCUUAAAUCUUCAUCUGUUCGUGGAUUCACCUUCAAAUCUUACUAUUGACGCUCUGUAGGGUAGGACACUGCUUGAUCUGAUAUGGGCCUUCAUUUCUCAUUUUUCUAGUUAACCUUUUCAUGGUCGCUCUCCAAUCCAAGUACACAUAUUGGGGAAAAGGAACACCGAGGAAGGGUUUAAAGAUUUCUGGGUUUCUCUCAAAUCUUGCGUUUUUUUAAACUUUUUGAAGUGGAGUGGAAUGGUGGGUGAAGGGAAUGGGAAUCCUCUGGAUUCGCCCCGGCUUCCCUCCGCUGCUGGGUCCCGCAAAAUGUUCUGGCGCUCCGCAUCCUGGUCUUCUUCCAGGACUGCCCUUCAAAACCCUGAAGCCGAAGAGAAAGACUGCGUUAUGGAUCCGAAUGUUAAUGAUAUUGGUAAAAGUAGUAACGUGCAAAACCGUAGGUACCCUGUUCCUUUAACCCCACGGUCCCAACAAAACUGUAAAGCACGGUCAUGCUUACCACCUUUGCAACCAUUGUCAAUUGCUCGUAGAAGUUUAGAUGAGUGGCCAAAAGCGGGUUCUGACGAUUUAGGCGAGUGGCCUCUGCCGACCACCCCAAGUGGUAACAGGUGUGGCGAGAGGUUGAAACUUGAUUUAUCUUCCAUCCAAAGAAACCCGGAUAGAAAUGCUGGGUUAGUCAAGAGAGAUAAGAUUGCUUUCUUCGACAAAGAAUGCUCAAAGGUAGCUGAGCAUGUGUAUCUUGGUGGGGAUGCAGUUGCUAGAGAUAGGGAGAUUUUGAAACAAAAUGGAAUUACUCAUGUGCUGAAUUGUGUGGGUUUUGUUUGUCCCGAGUAUUUCAAGACUGACUUUGUGUAUAGGACCCUGUGGUUGCAGGAUAGUCCUUCAGAGGAUAUCACAAGUAUUUUGUAUGAUGUUUUCGAUUAUUUUGAGGAUGUCAGGGAACAGGGUGGGAGAGUUUUUGUACAUUGUUGCCAAGGGGUUUCACGGUCCACUUCACUGGUGAUUGCAUAUCUUAUGUGGAGAGAGGGUCAGAGUUUUGAUGAUGCCUUUCAAUAUGUCAAAGCAGCGAGAGGGAUUGCUGACCCAAAUAUGGGUUUUGCUUGCCAGUUAUUACAGUGCCAAAAGAGGGUUCAUGCAUUCCCUCUUAGUCCUACUUCAUUGUUGAGGAUGUAUAGAAUUGCACCUCACUCACCAUAUGAUCCCUUGCAUCUUGUCCCAAAAAUGUUGAAUGAACCUUCACCAUCUGCUCUGGAUUCUAGAGGUGCCUUUAUUGUUCAUAUUCCUUCCACAAUCUAUAUCUGGAUUGGUAAAAAUUGUGAGGCCAUUAUGGAAAGGGAUGCUAGAGGGGCUGUAUGCCAGAUUGUUCGUUAUGAGAGAGCGCAAGGGCCAAUUAUAGUUGUUAAAGAAGGAGAGGAACCAGUUUAUUUUUGGGAUGCUUUUUCAAAUUAUCUACCUUUGAUGGAUAAAUCUAGUAAUGGAGUGGAUAUUGGGCCUUCAGCAAUUAAGAUUUGCCCUGGUGAGAGAAAAGUGGAUGUAUAUAAUGUUGAUUUCGAGAUUUUCCAGAAAGCAAUCAAGGGAGGUUUCGUGCCUUCAAUUGCACCAUCAGAGAAUGAACAUGAAAUCCACCUUCCUGCUAGAGAAAGCAGUUGGAGUGUCCUAAGGCGGAAGUUUGCCCCUGUUGAUAUGAAGGAGUUCAUCUCAGCACCAAAGAUAUUCCUCUCCAGGGUCUAUUCAGAUUCUAUGAUGAUAGUGCACUCCUCAUCACCAUCUUCAUCUUCAUCAUCUUCUCCUCCUUAUCUCUCUCCAGAUUCAAUCUCUUCCGAAUCUAGUACCAGCUCAAAAUACUCAGAAUCCUCUCUAGAUUCUCCUUCACCAGCUUCGUGUUCUGUUCUUGUAUCUUCACCAUCGUCUAACUUCGAUAACUUGUCUCUUCUCUCAUCCAAGGCUUCUUCUUGGCUACCAUCUGACACUCCUGGACAUCGUGCUGUCUAUAGCAUGUCAAAUCAAUGUUCCCAAGUAACCUCCUCAACAUCUAAGAAAUCUUCACCUUCACUUGCAGAACGCAGAGGUAGCUUGUCUAAGUCUUUGAAGCUGCCAGUUAUGACUGAUAAUUUGAGGGUGACUAGCACACCUCCAAGUUUACUUGCCUCUCAGGAAGAUGGUGCUAGGAUAAACAAGAAUACUUUUUCUUGGCGUAAUUCAAAUAGUAUAGAAAUUGUUUUAGAGUCCAAGAAUCAAGCUAAAGGAGGCAAAGAUUCAAUGGAAAAAAGCAAGUUGAAUAUAUCUCAAGAUAGACUAGUUAGUGCUGACUCAUGUGACAGAGAAGCUGCCUUUGUAAAUAAUUGUGAUGGACCUGAUAGAUAUUGUCUUUCGGGUGAAGGCUUGGGGUGUUCCAUCGCAAAUGGGAUUCAGGAAAAUGUUUCAUCUUCUUGUAACAUAAUGCAAUCAUUGGUUUGCCACUGGCCCAGUUUGGAAAGAAUUGCAACUUUUGGUACCAGCAACUUGGAUUCUAAAGCUGCUUUUGCAAUUUUAGCACCAGCUACUGGUUUAGGCAGAGAUGGGAGUAGGAUUCUAUAUUUUUGGAUAGGAAGGUCUUUUCCUUUUGAUGAGAGUCUGAUUCACUUAGAUUGCAACAAAGUAUUAAUGGAUGGAAAUUUUAUUGACUCUAAUCAAGUUGGUUGUCGUGUUCUAACUCAAAUGGGUCUUCCGAAGGAUAUCCCUGUUAAGCAUACUUGCAAGUGGGGCUCGAAGGAUGUCUGAAUUAGAAGGUGGUAGUAGGAAUUUAAUUACUUUCAGAUUCAUCCUCUACAAUCGAUAACAACAGGAUGGUUCUGUUAUCUGCUCAGAUCAGAACGAGGUAGAGGGAGCACUAUUCAGAUACAAGCUAUUAAACCUAUUCAAAUAAAAGCUCAUUUAGUCAUGCUUAGUUACUUACCAGUGAUUUCACAGCCCACGAUAUAUGUUAGUGUAGGGCUACAUCCUCUUAUCAUAUGCAAUAAUCUCUCUGUAGGGGAAAUUGUAAUGGGGGUUUGAGACCCAUAAGUGAAUGCAUGAGGGUUUGGGAUGUUGCCAGGGUGAAUUAUUUAAAAGUAAGGCUUGUUUAUUAUAUCUUUAGCAGUGAUAACAUAAAGGUGCUUCGAUGGCUUUUCUUAAGUUAGUUAGAUUUUAGUUGAAUUUAGAACAGUUUAGUGCAUUUUAGUCUCCUGUAAAGUGCUUGGUUUCUUUAUGUGAAAAAACUUCAUAGUGCCUGGUUUCUCUUUGUGAGAAACUUAGCAUGGCUGGCAUUGCAGAAAAUACAAGAAAAUAUUCAAUGUAAUUGAGAUUAGAAAAAAUAUUGGCCUCCUGAGUCCUGAUGCUCAAUCCUUUUGUGCUGCUGAGUUUAAAAUGUUUAACCCCAUCUUAGUUUUGCACAUGUUUUAUAGUGGGGAAAACACCUAUGUGGAGUCUAAGAUAUGUAGCGUAUUUAGUAAGAAUUUCCAUGGAUAGAAAAUAGUUCAUGAAUUUUAGAUUAAAAGCUUUGUUGGCCUACUAAUGCUAAAUCCUGCUAUGUGAAUCUCAUGAAAUAUAAACAUUGUAUGUGGCAAAGGAAAAAAAAUGCUGAGUCCUUGAUCUAAGUUUUCUGAAUGAGGUCCAAAGGAUUCCAAAAGCGUGCACAAAUAAUGCAUGAAUGAUACUAGGGAUUGCAUGAGUGCAGUGAACAAGCAAAUACUUAACUGUGCAUUUUGUUGGAGGCUUGGUGCUUUCUCAUGGUUUUUAAUUUUACUGCUGUUCAGUAAAAUAGAAUAAAUGCCAACGUGUGAGGAGAUUUGUUCUUAUAGCAAAGAGAGUAAAAGAUUGUGUUGAUCUUGAUCCAUCAACAAAGAAAUCUUAUGUUUGGGAAACUUGGACAGGAAGUGUACACGGAUGUGCAGGGAAUGCUUUGAAACUCUUAUGGAGAAAAAUUCUCAAAGAAAUGUGGUUAUCGUGCUGAAUUUUGAAUUUCUAUUUUGGUUCUUUUGCAGUUUCUUUUAUUUUUCUAUAUUUCUCAGCCUUUCAUGUUAAUUGAUUCCUUACCAAAAGUGUCAAAUGCUGAAAUUUUUGUCGUUUUUGCAUCACCAUAAUGUGCUGAUAAACUCUGCAUUUUGA